AUGGAAGACAUUGCCCGCCUACCCACUAAUUUUAUGCCUGCUCCAGUUGUGUCCAAUGGACCAACUCCUAAGCGUACAGUGGUGAUUGCUUAUGACCACACAAACCAAAGCGACGCCUUGUUGGCCAAGGCAAUUCGACUUGGAAUGAUUGCUCCUUCAGAUGAUAUCCGGAUCCUACACAUCAUUUGUCAAGACGAAUUCAAAAAGCUGUUUCAAAACACAGGAAUGACCGAGUCCUAUGCCUCCCACUAUAUUGAAAGAGAAGAUUCUGGCCAUGACUCUGCAAUGGUGGUUGCUGCAGAUAUGAUUGUAAAUGAUAUCAUUGACGUUUUGGACAGAAAUGGCUUUAAGAAUGUUAAGUCUGAAGUUCUGAGAGGUGACCCAAAGAAAUCAGUAAUUGAUUAUUGCAUUCAGUGCCGUCCAACCUACAUUAUCACUGGUACCAGAGGUUUAGGAGUCCUCAAGCGAACCCUUCUUGGUUCUGUUUCAGACUACAUUGCCAAGCAUUGCCCGAACCCUGUAUUGAUCCUUAAACUUACUCCCGAGGAAUUAAGCAGUCGCGAAGAACAAGACGAUCAGAAAAAGACUCGAUUCACACAGCUACAAAAUACAUUGAAAUCCAAGGGUAGAGCAGCAUAA